GGUCAUAAAUACGCAACUAGUAAAAUGAUAUAUGUUACAUAUAUGCUUUUAAAACAAGUAAAUCGCGUGAUAACGCGAAAUAAAAUUUUUUAAAAAACAAGUUAUAUAAUCAUCUUAAUUUUAUAGAUAUGCAUCAGAAUUUAUUUACAGUUCUACUGUAAAUACAAAUAAGGACAUAUCUUUUAUUAUAUAUAUAAAAAGUAUAUAGUUAUAACAAUUGUGUAAUAGAUAUUAUAAUAUCACAGUUAUAAAUUUAGUUGAUGACAAGAAAGAAAAUAGACCUUUAUUCAAUCACAUGGAUACCAAUCAAGAUAGCAACACUUUUGAUCCUAAAGAUCAUCAACAUAUACGUUAUAAUCCUUUAAAAGGAGAAUGGGUAUUAGUAUCUCCACAUCGUAUGAAACGACCUUGGGGAGGUCAAGUAGAACCAAACGUAGACGAAGAACUUCCAGAUUAUGAUCCUAAUAAUCCACUUUGUCCAGGAAAUGUUAGAGCUAAUGGAGAGGUAACUCCUGUUUAUCAAAAAACAUUUACAUUUGCUAAUGAUUUUCCUGCGUUACUUGAAACAGUACCUUCGCCAUCAAAAUCAAACGAUGAAUUGUUUCAAAUUGAAGCUGCUCGAGGAACAUGUAAGGUGAUGUGUUUUCAUCCAAAGUCAAAUGUUACCAUAGCACUUAUGAAAGUUGAUGAGGUUAAAGAUGUAAUUAUAAGAUGGAUAUUUGAAAUCCUUGACUUAAGUAAACAAUGGACCUGGGUUCAAAUAUUCGAAAAUCGUGGAGCCUUGAUGGGAUGUAGCAAUGCACAUCCUCAUUGCCAAAUUUGGGCUAGUUCUUUUUUACCAAAUGAAGCUAGAAUAAAAGAUAAAUAUUUAGCUGAAUAUUAUGAUCGUAAUAAGAAACCUCUUCUUAUUGAUUAUAUGGAAAAAGAAAUCUUGAAAAAGGAUCGCAUUGUAUUAGAAAAUCGCAAUUGGAUAGUAGUUGUACCAUUCUGGGCAGUAUGGCCUUAUGAGACAAUGGUACUUCCAAAACAACAAGUAACAAGAAUGCAAGAUUUAUCAAAAAGUCAGCAAGAAUCAUUAGCAGUUAUCAUGAAACAAUUAUGCACAAGAUACGAUAACUUAUUCCAGUGUUCCUUUCCAUAUUCUAUGGGAUGGCAUGGUGCACCAACUGGUGAAUAUCUAAAACAAGAUUAUCCAUAUUGGACGUUUCAUGGAAUUUAUCUACCUCCGUUAUUACGUUCAGCUACGAUAAAAAAGCACAUGGUUGGGUAUGAAUUACUUGCACAAGUACAAAGAGAUUUAACUCCGGAACAAGCAGCAGACAAAUUAAGAAGUUUAAGUGAUAUCCAUUAUAGACAUCCGGAAAGAAGUUUAUCAGCAGAAGAAUUAGCAAAAUACAAUUAAAUUUCUCUUUCAUAACUUUUUUGUAGCAUAUCUCUAUUUUAGAAAAAAUAAUACUUGUAUAAAUUAUAUACAAACAUAUGUAACAUAUAUAUAUAUAUAUAUAUAGAUUUAUAUAUAUAUAAUCGCAGAUGUAUACACAUUUGUAUCAUAAUGAAAUAUUGAAUAUUUCAUCAGCCCGAAUAAUCAAUAAAUAGGAAAUGUUGAA